CGUCCGGAUAUCCUCCUUAUCUGCCGAUAUGGAGGGGCACCAGGAUGGCGGUGGUGUUGGCGGGGCACAUCUCGCGGUCGUGGCUGGCAUUUUUGCAACCGGCGGCAGUCUUCUGGGCAAGCUCGCCGGUGGCGCUGACGCAUCGUCGUUGCUGUCCCUGUUGCUCAAAGCGCUGCUGCUGAUCCUUAUGGUCACGUGCAACACCGUGGGAUGUACGUUUUUUGUCAAAGCGCUUCACGGCAGCGGAUCCUCAUUACCGGUGACGGUCACCAGCGCAGCCACAAAUUACGUUUGUUCGGCUCUCGUGGGCUUCGUCGUCUUUGAGGAAUCGACGUCGUUGGCUUGGUGGUGUGGCACUUCCCUGGUACUACUUGGCUUGAUUUUGACCUGUUGUAUUCCCGCCGAAAAGGUCAGUCCCGCCAUUGAGAAGAAAUUGAAGCAACAGUAACCGGCUUUGGCGCUUUCGCGCUAAAAGUAAAAAGCGGGAACUCUACGUCAACUCGGCUUAUCCACGCUUUCAUGUUAAUAUCGUAAAUAUUUAUCCUGCUCUCACGACUCCCGCGGACAACGAACAUGAUCGACGAGAGACUGGCCGUAGUCGAUAAAUUACCAAAUACAAAAGUGGAGUUUAACCAUUUAAGGGCCGGUUGUUCCAAUUUUUUGUUCUAGUUAAAUAUAAGUUAACUGAUAAUUAAAUCAUAUGUCUGUCUUUGUUUUUUCUUCAACUCAUAUAAAGACAUAUGAGUUAAUUAUCAGUUAAAUUACCAAGAAGUUGGAACAACCGGCCUUAAAUUUAAGAUAUAUUAAACUAAUGUAUUAAGCAGUAUAAUUGUGUACAUAUUAAAAAUUAUUAUAAAUAACAAUGUACGCGCGCGCACGCGCGCGCAUGUGUUCCCUAUACUCUCCUUGUAUUUAUAGUGAAUCUUGUACGUAAGUUGAGAAUAAUUUUAGAGCGAUGCAUGUCGAUGUAAUCGUUCGCAUAUAUUUUAAGGGAUGACGUAUAAUAUACUCACAUACAUGAUAUUGUAUUAUUAGUUCGGAAACAGUGCGCGACACACACACAUACACAUGCUACAUAUGGCGUGCAAUUUGUCGCGCGAGGUUUUGAGAGGAAGGCAAAAAUAUAAAUAUCCCUUAUCUGAUUGCACAGAAAUAUAUUCUACACUCUGCUUCUGUUUAAAGAGUUGUUCAAAUAGAUUAAUCUAAAAUUCUAAUUUAAAGAAUUUUAUGUGGUCGGGAGUGUGUGGAUAUGUGUGUGUGUGUACAGUGUUACAGAACAUUGUGAGAAUAAAAACUAAAAAGUUAAUUAUUUUUUCAUUAUGCGCGAGAAAAUAUAGUUUUAAAUAUAAAGACCGAUACCAAAAAGAUACAAAUAAACCCCAAGAGACAAGGUUGUCUGCAUUUUUCACACUGCAUACACGUUCAAGUAAAAUAUAAAACACGUGCGAAUUACUUGAAAUUUGUAUCUCCUCUUUUUCACGAGAAAACUUGAUAAGUCAAGAAAUAUUCCUAUGAUAUUUCUAUAAUAUUUAUGAAAUAUAUAUAUAUAUAUAUAUAUAUAUAUAUAUAUAUAUAUAUAUUGUAUAUAUAUAAUUUAGCAUUGUAUCUAUAUAUAUAUAUAUAGGGUGUGUUCACCGCAAUGAUAUCCACUAUAUUUUUAAUAGUUACUAUGAUCGGACAGGGAAAAGUUCUAAAUACAAUUAUUUAAUUUGUUUUAAUCUUUUUUAUAAUACCACGAAUGAAAAAGGAUACGAUUUUAUUAAAAUUUCAUCAAAAAAAUUAAGGGGACCAUGACUGUUUAACGAAAUUUGUUGCAUCCGUUUAAAAACUGAUUUAUUGCGUCUAGAACUUUUCUUGCCUGAUCAUCGUAAUUGGGAAAAAUUAAAUUACAAUUAUCAUCGUAACUGAGAAUUGUAGAUACCAUUACGUGGAUAUAUGUGAUAAUUGUGGAUAUUAAUAAUACUUUGUAUAGAUGGAAAGUUAUAGUGACUAUCAAUAUAAGAAUAUCUGCAUAAAAAAUAUAUUGUUGA